UGAAAAUGACAUAAAUUUAUAAUCUUCAUCUAUGACCUUAUAAUCCAAUAUUUUAUUGGAGUUGAUAGCGUUGGGCAUAGACUACUGCGUUUGGUAUUUCUUAUGUUUUUGAAGGCAGUUCUUAAUAGAGUCAUUAUUCAAUUUAAGGCCAAGUAAGCUCGCCUGAAAACAGGAACAAGUCAUGAAAAUCUAGUGAGAGCAGUGAUAAAUCGAAACAGAUCUGUUUUUCCUCAAUCAAACAAAAGCCUUCCACCUAUUGAAGGUAUUCUCGCUGGAAAUCGACUUCUUAUUGCUACCAUUUCAUCUCUUCCGGUGUAUAUACCUUUGUCAACAAUGGAAUUCUAGGAGGAAUCAACAAUGAUUUUCACUCUUUACUAUAUGUACGCCACUCUUCUGCAAUGGUGGCGAUUGGGCACCCUCAGAAACAAACUGAACGGGACUUUGAACUCGAAAAAUGCCCUUUUGCUUAGCAGGAGUAAACUGGUUCACUCUACCAAAAGACAAAGAAGCAUCGAGAGCCUAUUAUUCCACGUUGGAGAUAGAAUAGCUUGUACUAUCGUUCCGAAGCAAACGAUAUGUCUAGCGCACUGGGUCUUAUUUCCAAAAGAUCCAAAAUGCUUUCCAAUACAUAUUGAGUACAAAAAUACGAAUUUGAAGCCACCAUACAUUCACUUAGUUAUCAAAAGUUUUCUUGAAUAUUAUAGACAUGAAAGUGAAACAAUACAGAUUGAAAAUUUUGGUCAACUUAUGGCGUGGAAGGCAACUUCUAACAAAUUCGAAGUUAUAUUGAAAACAGAUAUGGAGAAUAUGACAAAAUUAAUACAAUGCUACUACAAUAGUAUAAUCGACAUCAAUCAUGAUCUUGAAAUGAUUGAAUUAGAAACUAUAAAUAUAGACGGUAGCGCAAGUAGAAUCCAAUAUGGUAGAAAGUAUUCUACUGCUGAAACUCUGAAGUUCUCUUAUGCUCCAGUACAUUGGAAGAAGUUUGUCGGAGAAUUGAAGGAUCUGUAUUCAAAAAUACGUGAAAAUUCUACUCCUAAAAUCAAAAUAGAAAAUGGAAGUGGUAAAGUUGAUGAUCACAAAAAAGUUCCUGUUUAUGAAGUUAAACCAAUGAAGAAGGAAAGUAAGAAAAGUGAAGAUAAACAUACUCUAGAAGUCGGCGGAAGCGAUCAUAGACGUCAUAAAACUUCAGAUAAAAAGGAAAAACUCGUUGAAGAUAAAUACAAAAUUGAGAAAAAAGCCAAAGACGAAGCUUCCAAAGUAAAAGAACAAAAGACUGAACAUCCGAGAUCUAAAGCUAAAAUAAUCACAUCAAAGUCUGAAGUAGCUCAUAAAAGUAGUGACAAACGAGAAGAACUCGAAAAUAAAUUAGAAACUAAAGUAUUAGAAUCUGUUGAAAAAAAUAAAGGUAGUGCUCAUAGUACAACAGUAUCAAAAGAUAUCCGAACAGAAUCUGAACGUGGAAGAAGCAAAGAAAAAUCUUCUUCAUCAAAAGAGGUGAAGAAUAAAAGCAAAAGUAGAGAUAGGGAAUUGGAAGGUGAUAGAAAAGAAAGAGAAAAGAGGCAUGAUAGUAAAUUAAGAAAAAAUGAUGGAAAAGCAAAUAUAUCAAAAUUAGAAGAUGAGAAGAAUGAUUUACCUGAUAAUAAUAUAGAUGAUAAAAAAGAAAUUGAUUCAUCAGCAACAAAGAUAACUAGUGAGAAAACUUGUGAUGGUGAUAAAUCAUUAACUGAAGUGAAGAAUGCAGGAGAGAUAUCAAAAUGUGAGUUACAGAAAAGUGAUAUUCCCUGUAAAUCUAAAAAAAUUAACACAUUUGCAAAUAUAGAGAAUAGAAUCAUGUCUUCACAAGGUUCGAAGCCACCAAAUAUCCUUGUAUAUGCUGAUAGUAUAUCAGCUAAAGAAAAUGUUAAAGCAGUUCUUAAGUCUGUCAUCAAUGAUGAAAAGUAUAUUGUCUAUGAUCUUCCUACGAAUAUCUCAGCAUAUCCUGUUUGGUGUGAUUCUACUUCUUUAGUUGUUAUUUGUGGUGCAACAACUCCCGAUAUAACUUCUCAUCUUCUUCAUUAUUUAGUUCAUGGCGGUCAACUUCUUUGCUUAUGCAGCGAUCUACUCAAUAGUUUACUAACAGUUUUUUCGACAGCUGAAGUCAGAGAACAUGAAUUAGUUAGAUUUUCUUAUGGAGAAUGGAAAAGGGUGAAGAUGAUGCAUCAUAUAUUCUGUUAUCAAGCUUCUCCUGCCAAAAAACAGUUUUCUCAAGGUUCCAUUGAAUCUAAUAAUCACAGUAAUGGAUCCAGUCCUAUAGCUCCUAGAACACCAUCCAUUGCAGAAAUUCAACAUAAUGGUGAGAAAUACACUCUUCAAGUACAAGUGUUAGGUACUGAAGAAACAUGGCAAACACCUAGUUUGCUGUUGGCAAAUGUAAAAGGAUCCAGAGGAAGGGCUAUCUUUUCUCAGGUUCAUCUGGAAAUAGAUCCCCUUCAAUACGAAGGAGAUGAGAGUAAAUUCACUGCUUUGAAAGAUAGUAACCAAGCACGACUGGAAAUACUCACCGACAUAUUGAGGAAUCGCUUGGACAUCGAUUGUACAAAGACAUCAACCCAAAUAACUUAUACCCCUGCUUAUUUCUUAGGAAGACAUGAUCUCAAAAUGGAACUACUUAAUCAGUGCCAAGAAGUAAAAAAUAAAACAAUAGAUUGUGGACAUAUCACUAUGGUAUUUUGUGAAAAAAACGUUGAUCCAGGCAUUGCAACAGCAACAAGAUUACCUAUUAUGGUGUAUGCAUGUCCUUCUUUAUUUUCUACGGUGGAAUAUUUUUCAACUCUAUCUACCGAAUGCAUUGGAAGGUUAGUUAUAUACGCUGAUGUUCUGAUGAGUUCUCAGUAUCUAUUGAGCAAAACAAUAAGGCAUGGUUUAGUUGUAAUUCCUAGGCAACAAACUUCAGGUAUUGGGCGUUCUAAUAACACUUGGUUGAGUCCAGUUGGAAGCGCUUGUUUUUCUUUGCAACUACAUAUCCCACUCAGUUCUCCCUUAGGAAGAAUGUUAACAAUUGUCCAACAUAUGGUUAUUGUAGCUAUCGUUGAAGCAAUUAAGAAAAAUCCGGGUUAUGAAGGAUUAGAUAUUGGUAUAAAAUGGCCUAAUGAUAUUUAUAUACGUAAAUCCGUAAAAAUUGGUGGUCUUAUAGUAAAUUCUACUACUGGAAAUAAGAUGUCAGUUUUAAAUAUAGGUUGUGGUAUAAAUUUGAACAACAAUGAGCCGACCAUGUGUUUAAAUAACUACAUAAUGGAAUACAAUAAAGAGAAUAAUACGGCACUAAAACCCUUAUCCCAAGAAAAAUAUUUUGCCAUGGUAUUUAAUGAGAUUGAAAAUUUAUAUGAUGUGAUUCAAAAUGAUAAUGUCGAAGUCUUCUUUGAUCUUUAUUAUAAACAUUGGAUUCAUAUGGAUUCCAAAAUAACAAUACAAACAGAAGAUGAACUUACACAAAAUGCAACUAUAAUAGGAAUAGAUGACUUUGGUUUCUUGAAAGUUAGACAAGAAAACGGUGAAAUUUGUGUUGUACAACCUGAUGGAAACACAUUUGACAUGAUAAAAGGCCUAAUAGCACCAAAGCCAAAAUAUAAGGGUUAAAACAUUCCAUUUUACCGUCGUUUCAAAAAAAUUUUAUAAUCAGAAGUGAAGUGUUCAAAAUUGUAUAUGUAAUAUUCAAUAUCAUCAUUUUUUUCUCUAAGGUUGUUGGAUUGUCAAAAAUUUAUUGAAUGUUUAUACUUAUUGUUAUAUUUUUAUUUUUCAUAUGUAAUGUGCUCAUGUGGGCUUGUUUUUGAAGAAGAAAUUGAUGUAUUUGAUUUAAUGGAGAAUAAUAAACUUUUCUCAGAAGA